CGCUUCGGUGGCUUAGGUUUUGCUGUUGGGUUAGGGUUUAGAUUUGGCUCAGAUUUUGCUUUUAAAUUUUGGAUUCGUGCUGCUUCUCCGUUACGGAAUUGCACGAAGGGGUUAGGAGGUAAGGACAGCGGCUGUAGAGAUCUGCAAAAGCUUGUUUGGUAGCAUCGUCCAGAAAUACUUUGUGCUUUAUUUAUUUUUUUUCCCUUACAGAUUAACUUAACUCCUGGUAGUUUCUUAAAUUGCUUCGUAACAAAGGCAGGGAGGCUGCCAGUGCCGGUGUUGAUGCCCUGUCCCCGGGCCGGGGAGAAGCCAGCCGGUGCCACCUCUCUCGUCCUGGGGGGCCAGCAGUGUUCGCCCCGGGAGCAGGCAGCGCCGGUGCAGCCCUAGCAGGAGCCCUCCGUGCGAUGGCUGGCUCUUGCCGUUUGUAGGCUAUUAAGUACGAAUUUUUGAAAGAUCAGGGUUUGGCCUGCUGUGGAAAUGAGCGCUUUUGUUUUCUGUCUCGUGCGUGGGUAUUCGUGGCCAGCGCACUCUGGAGAACAGCGUCUCCCGCCCGUUCGGGCCCCAGUCAAAUAGAAGCUGACAGUGUCAAGAAGGGAACAGUUAUGGUAUAUGGAAGAAACACAACAUUGCUUUGGCGCAGCAUUGCCUGGAAAAAUAUUUGAGUCUCCACAAUAGCUUUCUCCUGUGAUUUCACUCCGUUCUGAAUUCAGUGGUUUUUCUGUACCAAGAUCUUUUCCUGAAUUGAAUUAAUGAGGAAUAAGUCUGUUGUUGCAGUGAUUAGCUGGUAGGUUAGAACAGCUUGUUUUAAUCGUGUGUUUAAAGUUUAUUUCUCACGCAGCUUUCCUCAGCGUUGAUGUGUCAUUGUGUAGAAGCAGCAUUAAGCUCGUGUUUGUUUUGUAAAUUAGUUAGAAGAAAACCAAGCAGGAGUAAGGAGAGCUUCUUGACUUGAGCAAGAGCUGCUUGACUUGAAGGCCUCUGAUUUGCCUCGGUAACAUGGAAAUAUUUUGAACUUUGUUUUCAGCCCAAAAAGCUAUAAGCAACUUUGGAAAUCGCGUCAAUCAUUCCAGGUGAAAGAAGUGAGAAAAAAAUGCAAACUCUCUUUUUUUCCUUCUUUUUUUUUUUUUCCCCUUUCCCAGCAAAAUCGAGUAGGAAACUUACGUUUCUAUAUUUAGCAAAUGAUGUCAUCCAGAACAGUAAGAGGAAAGGUCCUGAAUUCACAAGGGAAUUCGAAUCUGUCCUUGUGGAUGCUUUUUCUCACGUUGCCAGAGAAGCAGAUGAGGGCUGCAAAAAGCCCUUGGAACGAUUGCUUAACAUCUGGCAAGAAAGGAGCGUGUACGGCAGCGAGUUCAUCCAGCAACUGAAACUUUCUAUGGAAGACUCCAAUAGCCCCCAGACUAAAGUUGCAGAGGAGAAGAAGUCUUUAAAGCGGACUUUUCAGCAAAUACAAGAGGAGGAAGAUGAUGAUUACCCUGGGAGCUACUCACCCCAAGACCCCAGUGCUGGGCCGCUGCUGACCGAGGAUUUGAUCAAAGCCCUUCAAGACCUGGAAAAUGCAGCAUCAGGAGAUGCAACGGUGCGGCAAAAAAUUGCCUCCCUGCCUCAGGAAGUUCAAGAUGUUUCAUUACUGGAGAAAAUUACAGACAAAGAGGCAGCCGAACGUCUGUCGAAGACCGUGGACGAAGCAUGCCUGCUACUAGCAGAGUACAAUGGCCGGCUGGCAGCAGAGCUGGAGGACCGGCGCCAGCUGGCACGCAUGCUGAUUGAGUACACCCAGAAUCAGAAGGAUGUAUUGACAGAGAAGGAGAAGAAGCUAGAAGAAUAUAAACAGAAGCUUGCUCGGGUAACCCAGGUCCGCAAGGAGCUGAAAUCCCACAUCCAGAGCCUUCCAGAUCUGUCGCUGCUGCCCAAUGUCACAGGAGGUCUGGCACCUCUGCCGUCUGCUGGUGACCUGUUUUCAACAGACUAGAACAAAUGGUGUCCCCCAGUUUCCAUUGUUACCAGCAGAAGUAAGAAGACUCUGGUGUUGACUGGAAAUCCAGUCUUCCAAGAUCUACAGUAGGAAGGAACUUGCAGACCCUGCUUUCAACCUCUUGGCUGCUCACGUUCACCCCCUCUCUGCGCACUCUGGCUCACGUUGAGGGGAGGGAAAAGAGCGAGUGUGUGUGAGCUUGAAGGGAGCGGGGAUGGUCCAUAUAGGCAAACUUUUCUCAUAUUUUUCCAUGCUUUUCAGUUGCUGUUUGCUCUUAGCGCUUGUUACCCCCACAAAAGUCAUGAGAAUCAUGUACAUACCUACCUGGGAAGUUUUCAAAGAAAGGUUGACCACGCACCAUUCUUCCUCUGUAAAAGUAUUGUAUUAUUUCUGAAUAAGUCUUGUCUAUUUUAGCUGGGUUUCCGAACCUUGUCUCUGAGAGCAGGAGAGUGGCUGAUGGGCUUCGCUGGGGGCGUGCGCGUGCAGGCACUGUACCACGUCAGCGUAAGAAGGCGGCAUCUACCGAGCAAUGGUACAGAGAAAUAUUUUUCCUAAGUCUACAGUUCCUCGUUCUGCCAUGGGACUGAUGAAGGUAGUCCCUGUUCGGCGUGUGCGUAAAGUGACACUUGCCACAGGCAAUAAAAAUAAGCAGCUUUUCUUUGUGAAUUAGAGAGAGCUUCAAAAUUUACACCUUGCUGAGCAAUGCAGAACUGGAUAUUACCUAAAUUAGAGUGGAAGUAAGUUUUGUUCUAGCUACCCUAGAUUUAUACCACAUUUUUCCUCUUCAUUAUAUAAAAUUUGAUGGUCACAGAAGCUUCGAUGUAACGAACUGAGGGGGGGGGGGGAGUGGUGUAUUGCAACUGGUGGUGGCCUAGCGCCGGGUCCUGUCUGACCUGCCCUGAGGAGGCUUACAUUGGAAAUGCCAUUCUAUAAAUUCUCUCUGUAGCUUUAGUGAAGGUAUUUGAUACACAGAAGUUAAAUGUGGUAUAAAUAUUUAUUUAUCUAGAAAAUAGACCCGUAUAUAUGCACAUAUCCUGUAUGCACAUGUACCAUGUCCAUGCAUGUAGAUAGUAGAAGGAUGUACUUAAUUUUGUGUCACAGAUUAUCAUGAGUUGAUUUUUAUAAUCAGGAGAAGUUUAAAAAAAAAAAAAGAAAAAGAAGACAAAAAAGAAGGGAAAUUGGAAACCCUCUUAAUCCCAGUGUGUUGCUAGCUAAUGUUUUAGCUGCCGCCGAUGCAGCUGCAUUUCAGUUUGUGUGCAAGGUCUGGCAAGCUGGCCUCGGAUCACUGAGAACCAUUCCAAUUUGGGUAACAAUUCUGUUGAAGUUUAGCACCUCUCACUGUAAAGCAUUUUACGUUUCUGGAAACACUUGAUCUGAUAGCACGGGCUUUGUAACAGAGGGGCUGAUGUGCUGUGCUGGGUUUGUGCCUCCUUAGUCUUAAGCUGCUGUUGUCAAAGACGUGAGAGGAAACCUCCAGAAAUGCAAAGCUUGUUCUGCAUCCUCAUUAAUUUAUUUUACAGGGUGUUCGCAGCCUCUUCAGCAUUCAUCUAAAGGAAAAUAACGUGGCAUUUUUUGGUCAUUGAGUUGUUACGAAGCUCACGUCCUUUUCUUACUGACGCUUCAUUUGUCCGUUUUUUAUUUUUUAAAACUCCCUGCACCCUUACUGCCCAGCCAAGGAAUGUUUUUCUCUUCAGUUUACAGGAGAUUUUUCCAGUGGCAGAGCUGUUCUCCCCCCAGAUUGGUUUGGCUGUGCAGCCUUUUAUGGUCCAAGCAUUAUUUAGAUACAGCACUGUACAUUCUCUCCGCUUUUGCCAAAACCAAACACCCCCCCCCCCCCCUCCCCAAACCUCGAAAACCCAAACCAAAAGACUCAUUUCUGUCCUGUCUCGGCCUGCGGGGUCACCCUGAGGCUGUUCUAACC